UGUCAACACCAACAACACAUUACACGACUGAAGGAUAAGAUCGCCCGCAAUCGACCCAUGGCAAGGAUAACUCCAGAUCGCUAUCUUGACAUUAUCUUUGCAGAGCGCUGGUUGAAAAGUACCAUGCGGGUCGAGAUACGACGUUACAAACUCAUUUAUUACCCCGGACAUUGGGAACCCACACGCAUGAGUCGGCGAGUAUCACGAGUCAUUGACGUGUUGAUGGAGUUGAUAACGAGCCGGGGGCUGUUGGGGUAGGUGAACCGGCAGUUGCGAUGGAGUCUACCAGCGGAGGGACAUUUGGAGGUUACGAGUAAAAGGGUCAGCGACACCGCGCUGGUCACACCAACAUGCCAACAAGCUUUCCUGCAUCCUUCACAGAUCUGUCAAAAUGUCCCGAGCUAUCGAUAGACUUCCCGCUCCCGCAGAGAGCCGUUCGAUGAAAAUUAUUGGACUCGGUCCUAGCCGUACUGGAACUCUCGGUUUAUGGCAAGCAUUGAAGACUUUGGGGUAUACCCCCUUCCACAUCUCAGAGCUCCUGCCAUAUGGCUUUCAGCAGAUGAGAGCACUUCAGGAGGCUAUCAUCGCCAAUGACAGCGAUAAGCCAUUCCAACGAGCUGAGUUUGACAAACUCUUCGCCGGUUAUGACUGCAUCGUCGAAAGUCCUUGUUAUCUUUGUCCAAAUAUCAUCAAAGAGUACCUGAAAGACCCAGAUGUCAAGUUCAUCUUGACAGAGCGUACCCCAGAGUCAUGGGCCAAGUCAAUCGCGGGAUCCCUCGGUGCCUAUCAUGCAAAGCUAGCGAAGCCGCCUUUAUCAAUCGCCAGAUACUUUGACAGCUUCAUCUGGGAGCUGACUGCACUAUUCAAAGCCAUGACAUACAGAUGGUCUGGCGGUCUGGAGCCCAGUGACCCUGGGUUCAGUGAAGCACUUUCCAAGAGCUAUGUUGAGUACUUAGAGGGUGUGAAAGCUCUUGUGCCUGCUGACAAGCUUCUAAUCUUGAACCUUGAAAAGGGAUUCGGCUGGGAAGAGAUUUGCACGUUCUUAGGGAAAGACGUUCCCGAGGAACCUUACCCGCGCAUCAACGCCAUGUCCGACUUUCAUAUUGCCGCAGAGAUGGUGGUCUCUCCCGCAAUCAAGAAGACGAUGCGAAUUCUCACUUCGUCAGCGGUUGCUAUUGCUGGUGUUGGCAUUUGGUACUGGCAGAGAAAGAGGUAGCACCCAGGGCCUCAAGCCGGGGAGCUUUUUGCGACGACAACUGUGUAGUCAUCAAGUACUUCAAUGAGAUUCGUGAUACCCAUAACAUAGCUGCGGGGUGUGUAACUCAGAGUUCUGGGAUUCGAGGC